GUGGGUCAACACGGAAGCAGUCACACGCUAUAUCGGAAGUUGUGAGACGUAAUCAGCGAGCUGAGUUCCUGGUUUUUUUGCAUUCUUGUAUCGUUCAGUCGGACGUUCGCUUUUACUCCGGUAAACGGGCCGCCAUCUGUAGUGUGCUGCCGUGUGUUAGGAGAACAGUUCUCCAGUGGUUUACCAGGGAUAAACCAGAGGUUGGUGUUUGUCAUCAGUUUCCGGCGUGUGUUUGUGGCUCUGGUGACGCUGAGCAGGAAGACAGACAGAGAGAGACGUCUGCACUGAGAGAGGAAACUGCUGUGGCUUCUUCAUCAGCCUCAGAAUGACUGAGUUCUGGGUGUGUUUCAGCUGCUGCAUUGCAGAGCAGCCACAGCCUAAACGGCGGCGGCGAAUCGAUCGCUCCAUGAUUGGGGAGCCAACAAACUUUGUUCACACCACACAUGUAGGCUCGGGGGACAUGGGCCUGGGAUUGGCAUCAGUGGACCUUGUUCAGGCCCAGAUGAAGUCUAAAGGGGGCUAUGCGCAUGGAGGGUCUGAAGGUUCCCAGUUGUAACAAGCCCUACACAGUCUUAUGGAAACUACUGUUGUUGAUAUGAGAAAGCAUUUUCAAAAAGCAGUUCUGUCUGUAAUGGACAUAGGACCAAAAGAUGAAACUACUGCUUUUCCAUAAUGUAUAUAUUUUUUAUUUUCCAUUCCUUUUUUUUAAUGAAAGCACUGCUAUCCAUUUGCUGCCAUACUGUUGCACUGUAAAGAGUAACUGUUAAGAGUAGAUAAGAGGGUUUAGAAAGCUCAUAAUCUCAGUCAGAUGUAUGCUUGUGUGUAUGCAUGAGGAAAAUAGUUUCAAAAAUAUUUGCUGUUGUAGCCCAUUUGGAUGCCUGUAUUUAUUAUCUGAUUUGUUAACGGACCUCAUGGUGGCUGGGCCACGCUGGAGAUUUGGAACAUUCAGUUUCCUACUUUAUUCUCAGAGGUUUAUCAAAGGACAGGUAGUGGUAGCAAGGCAAAAAACCCAACAUGUUCAUUGUUUUAUUCUGAGAUAUACUCAUGAUUCUCUGAGUUGCUUUCAGGGUUGAAGAUUGCUGUCUUGUAAUAAACUUGAAAUGAGUAGAGUACACUGGAUCAUACAUUGUACACUCACACUUGCUUAGGAAUUUCGCAUUGAUUUCAACUGUUUUUUUUUAUACUCAUUUAGAUUGAACCAUAUAGAAUUUUAAUAAACUAUGAACUUCUAAUCUGCCUUCUGAAGUCAUCUUCAUUUUUUUUUUGUUUUAUUAGUGUUGUUUGGCAGCUUGAUGCUGCAAAUUCUGAGCUUAAUGCUUUCAAGAAGAUUCAUGUUUUUUUUACUCUUUUGGGGCUGUAAAAACUGCAGACAGACCAAGAAUUAAAUCUGGAAGUAACCAAAUCGCCUGCGUUACCAAUGUGGGUCAGAUUUGAUGUAGUUAGCAGUAUUCCUUAAGCCUGUAGUUUGUCAUGACCAUCAUAUCUUUUUUUGGUUUGUUGUAACCUCUGUUCCUUUUUCACAGCAAAGUUUCUGCAACACAGUCUUGUCAUGACUUCUUAGAAUAUCUCUCUUGACAGAAAAUAGUUUUUCAGUUCUUUUUCCUGUCUGAUACACCCACAAUUUGAAAUGAUUCUACCCCUGUUCGGGUCUUAGUUAUUUUGAAUGCUCGACCUCUUAAAUCUGAAAGAUGCUACUACGUAGCUUACAAGCUAGACUGACCCACCUUUGUAGCUGUAUUGAUGAUGUGGUUGCUUCAGUAUUAAACUAUGUUUCCAUGUGAUGUUUAACAUUAUGUUGUCAGAAACAAAAUUACAAAAGGUAUUAAACCCCCUUGUGACCCACUAUGGAUAUUAGAUAUUCCCAGUUUGUCUGUGCAAAAGUUAACCCUUGCUUUUCAAGGCAAACUCGUUUUCCUCACAGAAAAGUACGUACAACUCUUAUUGCCUGAUCAUGCUGUUCGUUGGUUGUGUUAGUGAUCAGCGUGAGUUAAAUGUUUUUCUUUUUAUUGACUAUCUUGUAUGUUUUCGUCCCUUGAUAUUGUCACAUAUAUUCUGAAUUUCUGGUCCAGGCCCCAUUAAAAUUACCCUCGCAGAUAGUGACCGAGCAGCUGCAGUAUGAAUAUGUGAUCCCUCCUGCUUGGGGUCUGUAGUGUUCAUCAUGUAACCACUGCUCAUCACUUCUAACACUGAUUGUAAAUCGAAAGGUCAAAGGUGCCAAGCAAACCAGCAGACCUGAAUCUGUUAACUCAUGUAAUUAUUUGUCUUCCAUGUACAUCGUAUAAUUUACUAUUCCAACAACGGAAUGUGGUGGUUGUAUGAUAAAGUCAAGCAAAAGUCUGUGUAAAUUGGUGUUAAAUGAGUGCUUAUUGUCAUACUGUUUAUGAUUCGAGAAUGAAAUAAUUGGUGUGUGUACCAGGCACAGUAACAUACCUAAUAGAUUGUCACAUUUGAAAUAUUUUCUUAUUUACAGCCUUAAAAACUGGUAGCCACCUUCUCAACAUUCACUGACAGAUUUGAUAAUGUGAUUCAUCAUGCUAAAAUAUUGUAUUUCAUCUGCUCUUUCAGUGUCCCUGUAUUAAUCCAUGUGUAAAGAGAUCCGCAUUUGUGUAGGUUUCUUUAUGUUUUUCCAGCUCUGGGCAAAAUGCUGUAGUAUGUGCAGACAACCUGGGAUUGCAGUAUACUAUGUGACCAGCAGGCUGUGCUAGUUGACUGGUUGAAUGUGACUUAAAAAUUGUUUCCUUUUUGGAUUCUUGUCAUAGGACUUAUUUUGUGAUGAUAUUGUAAAUACGUAACAUAAAAGUAAUGGAUCCAUGGUUUAUAUGUAUUGAGGGUCAUGCAUAUUUUUCAUCACUUUUAUGUGUAACAAUAAUGGGAAAUCAGAGCAGAGGCAUUUUUUUCUGUUUGUUUUUCCUCAGGAACUGCCUGAUAUGUAGUUCCCACUUUAAGGGAAAUUCAUCUGUCUUUUUUCUGCAUUUUUCAGAAUAAAAAAUGAGAAAUAAAUGUUCAUUGUUGAUGUUUGACCAA